UCUCUCUAAAACAUAUUACUCUCCUUUUCUGUACGGGCGAUUAUGUGAGAACAGGGAUUUUUUUUUUGGUGCGGUUCGCUGCUGCCCUUCCCUCCGGGGGUGAGGCGCUCAUUUGUUUAUGAACUAUGCCUUCAUGGUGGAAGUCUUCAAAAGAAGUCAAGAAGAAAUCAAACAUGCAAAAUAUCAUUGGUUCAUUGCACAUGCAAUGCAUUAGGCCUAUAUCUCCACGAAGAAGAUGUAGCGAUAUUACACCAGAGAAACGAUCUGAGUUGAGGGCAUAUUUACAAUCUCCAUCACCCUCCAAAAAAGUAUCACGGUGUCAAAGUUUUGGCGAAAGGCCCAAGUCCCAACCACUUCCCCUUCCCCUUCCAAAACCUGGACAUGUCAAAAUUGUGGCACAUGCUGUAAUCGGUGAAGGAAACUUUGCUAUUGCUUCUAACUCUAGUGAUACCUCUAGCGAUACUGAUGAUCCAUCUGACUCACGUCUUCUUAGUCCUCAAGCAUCUGAUUAUGAGAAUGGAAUUAAAUCCGACACGUCGAGUCCUUCGGGGUUGAAGCAGAGGGGUCAGUCUCCCUUUACCGACAAAAGGAAUGUAAGGGAGAUGUUGAAGCCAGCUAAUAUACUGUUGAACAAGCAGAGACCUUUGAACUCGAAAGUUGCCCAUAUACAGAUUCCUCAUCAUGUUGCUUUCUUGAGUGCACCAGACAGCUCAAUGUCAAGUCCUAGAAGAAGUCCAAUGAGCUUAUUUGGUCACGAGCAUAUCACGAACAAGUGUAGUCCUGAAUGUUCGCCAUUGCCUAGCCCUGGAACGGCGAGUCCAUGUCCCAGCUCGAGGAUACAUAGUGGUGCAGUUACCCCUCUGCAUUCUCGUGCAGUUACAUCUACAGCCCGGCUUGAUGAUGGAAGGAAACAAAGCCAUCCAUUGCCUUUUCCUCCUGUAAGUGUAUGUAGUCCUCCUCCAAUUACUCCAUUAUAUUCAGCAGGAGCCUCUCCCAGAAUUCCGCGCAGCCCUACAAGUCCAGGUUCACGUUGGAAGAAGGGACGGUUGCUUGGAAGAGGAACAUUCGGACAUGUUUAUCUGGGUUUCAGUAGUGAAACUGGUGAAAUGUGCGCAAUGAAGGAGGUUACAUUGUUCUCGAAUGAUGCUAAGUCAAAGGAAUGUGCGCAACAACUUGGGCAUGAAGUUGCAUUCUUAAGUCGCCUACAUCAUCCAAACAUUGUGCAAUAUUAUGGAUCUGAGACAGUAGAUGACAAACUGUACAUAUACCUUGAGUAUGUAUCUGGCGGUUCAAUUUACAAAAUUCUCCAAGACUAUGGGCAGUUGGGAGAAGCAGCAAUCCGAAGUUACACCCAACAGAUAUUAUCCGGGCUGGCUUAUCUGCAUCGCAAAAACACACUUCACAGGGACAUCAAGGGAGCAAAUAUUCUUGUCGACCCCAAUGGGCGGGUAAAACUGGCAGAUUUUGGGAUGGCAAAACAUAUAACUGCGCCGUCAUGUCCACUGUCAUUUAAGGGAAGCCCGUACUGGAUGGCACCUGAGGUCGUAAAGAACUCAAGCGGUUGCAACCUUGCGGUGGAUAUAUGGAGCCUCGGAUGCACUGUUUUGGAGAUGGCUACCACAAAACCACCUUGGAGUCAGUAUGAAGGGGUUGCUGCUUUGUUCAAAAUUGGGAACAGUAAAGAACUUCCCGAAAUUCCAGAUAGCCUCUCAGAUGAAUGCAAGGAUUUUGUAAGGCAAUGUUUGCAGCGCAAUCCAUGUUAUCGUCCUACAGCUGCUCAGCUUUUGGAGCAUCCGUUUAUAAAAAAAUCUACUUUAUCGGAAAGACAUGUUUCAAGUGCUGAACCUACGGAAUCCAUGCCUGCACUAACGCACAAAGUCAGAGCUCUGGACAAAAAAGAGCAGUUAUACGACGCGCAUUUAGCUUUAGCUGACCGUGUGUCACAACAGCUCCUGAAGAAUCCAGUGAGGCCAAACCCUGGGUUGAAAUUGAGCCCAAAAUCCCCAAUGUCUAGAAACAAGAGUGGGUUUUAAUGCCCCCGAUCGACCUUCUAAUUGUCGCAAGAAUUUCUAAGUUGUAAAAUAUCGAUUUUUUGGUGUACUUUGUUCCUUUCUUGAAGAUGAAGAUGAUAGAGGCCAACAAUUGUUAGUAUAGUUAGUGAAGGUAUUGAUUGAUUCUGUCGUGUCUUAUGUGAUCUUCGUUCUACUCUUGCAGCAAAUACUAAUACGGAAUUUUUUCGUCUUGCAGAUAUAGAGAAGCUCUAGAAGUUGGACAGGUAAAAAAAAAUCCGGAACUACUGUAAAUUUAGUUGAAUUUGUAUUGCGGCAUAGGAAAGAGUAGAAUAAGGAGCUGCAAAGUAUAGUAAUUAUGUUUCUUUUUGGUGUUGUAAAUCUUUUGCCUGUACAGGCUGCUGUAUAUUUAUGGGGCAAUUUUGCAAAUUGGGAGAAGUAUAGGGUUAUGCUGAAAAUGUUGUUGAAUAGGUUGGGUAAAGCUCAUAUAGAACUUAGAUGUGUCUGCUCUGCUGUAAAGGGUUUUUGUACCAGAAUUCUGAGAUCAUAAUGCAAUACCAGAUCAAAUAAAAAA